GCUUUUACAACGAGUUAUUCGCUUUCUAUGGGCUUUUUUGCCAUUGGCGACAAGCGAGGAAGGACGAGCAGCGAAGCAGGUUGUCUCCGGGUCCCCGGGCGGGCGGGGCUGAUUAAAGCAAGCCUCUGGCAUGGUCCCUGCCGGCUCAGGCUCCAGUGGGUGCUGAUGGGCCGCUCCUUGAGUAGCUGACGUCCCCUUUCUCUCUCCUAGUAGCGCCCGGCGCAACGCACUCCGCCUCCUUGUCGUGCCUCAAGGUGCCCGGCGGGGCUCGCUUCCUGCCUCCAGUUACAGCCAGUUCGUCCGCUCGUUAGGGACUCCCUUGCUGGCGUGUGAGUAGAAAGAUGAGUGUGGAAGCGGCCCUCGAGGGACAAGCCUGGGUGGUGUUAAAGUAAAGGGGCUGUCGGCUGAGGUUUGUAAAGACAUUCUGUGGAGUUGCAGCGCGCCUGGCGGGAGUGUGGUUUCCGUCCAGCGCCGCGGAGAGCAGGCCGGCGUUGCCAGCUGUGAGUGUUUAAACCUCUUUGACUUCCUCUUCAGUGGCCCAGUCCUCUGUGCUUAGUUAACUUUCAGUGCAUUCCAGGUGACUGCAGCUUAAAACCUUCCAUGGAGUGGGCAAGCAAAGUACCAGAAUCAAUAUGCUGAGUGACUGCUAUAUGAGUUCCACAAGGACCAUGGAUAUCAAAUUCCAGGAGAGUGAAGGAUUUGAUGAAGAAGGUUCAGGAAAGAAGAAGUCUAAGUUUAAAUCUAUUAAAAAGUUCUUUGGGAAAAGAAAAAGGAAAGAGACAUUAUCAUCUUCAGGAUGCAGUAGUCUGAAACCAUGCCAGUCUGCAAGUGAUGUCACAGCUUCACAGUCCUUGCACAUAGAUUACGAUUCUGAAGAAGAACUUGAGAUGCACAAAGGUAUUAUGGGAAGCAGAGCCUUGUCGCAUGAGAGUAUUUUCAUUUCUGAGGCUGCACAAGAACCUGCUAGAUCAGUCCGAGUAUUUUCUCAGGAAAAUGUUUCUGAUCGAAUUAGGGCUUUGCAGUUGAAACUCCAACAGAAUUGGAAAUUAGGGGUCUCAUCUCCAUUUGGAACUCCUUCAAAAAGAAUGGAUGAUACUGGGAUGAGUUCAGAAGAUGAUGGGUUACCCAGAAGUCCACCAGAAACUUCUUUGCUACAGGAAAUUCUGAAUUCCACUACAGCAAAGUUCUCUGACUCUCAUAAGCAUCUUAGCUCUUUGAGUUUAGCUGGAACAGGCAGUGAAGAAGAAGAACAGGUCAUAUCAAGUCCUUUGAGAUCCUGUUCUACAGAAAGCCAGCUAUUCCCCAAGCAAUCAAGUGCUAAAAUUAUAGCUCUACAAAGAUCUGACUGCAGCUGCUCUCCUCCUGCUGAUUUUGAUACUCCGGCUGAGUUUUCUUCUUGCUUGGAUAAUUCAGCUGCUAAGCACAAGCUUUUAGUAAAACCACGGCACCAAAGAUCUAGUAGAAUAAGAAGACUGCCUUCGCUCAGUCCUAUGCAUUUCUACUUGAAAGUAAGUCCUACUGAUUUCAGUUGGGGUAACUCCCAGAGAAUUCUGUCAGAAUCUCAGAAUGACUUGAGCUGCACUCCUGAAGAAGACAAAAGUGAAAGUAAAGAGAUGUUCGCUGACCUGACGUAUGAAGGUGACAGUUCCAGCCAUCAGGAGCUGACAGAAAGUACACCUUUAGCAAAUUUGGUGUUCUCCCAGCAACCUGAAAUAUCAAAAGGUCUUCAACAUUUGAAUCACCAAGAUGAAAAAGCUUGUGUGCUGCACACCACUUCUGAAUUGGACUCAUUUCCCUGUGAAAAUAAACCAGAGGGCAGCCAAAACGUACAAGAAAUAUCACACACUGCAUCAUUGUCAUCAUUUUCUCACCCUAAAAAAGAUUCAGCCACUCUAUAUCCUCUUUCAGACCAAGAAUCACAAAAAGGUAAAGAGCACUCUGAAACACUAAAGAUUUCCCCUUGCAGUUUUUUAAGUAGCACAUCACUUAGUAUUUUAAACCAAGAAAAUAAACGGACUUGUGAUGUGCCAUCAAAAAAUGACAUGCUUUCUGAUGAGAAUGUUUCAGCCAAGGAAGAUGUGAUCCCUACAUUAGAUAGAACAGAAAAAACUACAGUCAAAUAUGCCAAGGCACUUUUGGAAGACAUUUCUAACAAGGGAUCUAUAAAGGCAUCUUCUUCAUUGCCGAAUUCUACCAGUCUUUUAGCAAAAAGUUCAUUCCAGCUAACAGAUUUACCCUAUCCUGACAGCAACAAUCUUUCCCAAACUUCCUGUAUAGUCCCAUUGUUGCAAACAGAUAAGCUUCCUUCUCUGACCCUAGAAAAAAUGAAACAAAUUCAGGAGCUAUCUGACAAAGAAAACAGUCACCCAGCAGUACCUGCUGUGCUGAUUUUGGGGGGUAAAGCAGAGAAAGAAGCCAGUGAUCAAAGUGCCUUAAGAAAAUUUUCUGUCUCAUCAGCUUGGGGAAGGUCAAGGACGAGCAGCUUGAAUAUGAAGGACACUUUAGAGUGGGAAAAUCCACCAACCAUACAGGUCUUGCAGGCUAAAAUUAAAAACUCUACAAGAAAUGAGAAAGUAAAAUUGGAUGUGGAGAUUAAUUGCUCUCAAGAGAGAAAAAGUUGCACUAACAAAUGGGCACCCCCAUCAGAGUUGGAAUCGGAAACUGUUGGGAGACCAUCGGACAGAGUGGUAGCUGGGCUCCUGCCCCAGCCCAUAGGUUCAAAACCAUUGGUGAGUGUCUCUUCCACUGGUCCUCCACAACAAUCUAGUACUGCACAGUCAAGUUGUGAAGAUAAAAAUCCCUUUCAAGUCAAUCUUAGAUCUACAUCUUUAUCACUGAAAUAUACAGACACUUCUUUACAGGAUUCAAAGGAGCUUAAAAGAUACAGUGCAGUGUUUAAUUUGGAAAAAGAGGAACUACCUUUGUCUUCACUAAAAGGUGAAAAAGCAAAGGUCAAAAAAAUGACUGAUGUAAAUAUCACUAGCUUUUUAAAUGAAAGCCUCAAAACUAAAUCAAAGUCUCCUGAACAGGGUAGCACAAAACCUCCAUUGCCAAGGAAGCCUAUUUUACAACACCUUGUUAUUACUGGCACUAACACAAACACAGAAAAGCAGGAAAAAGUAACCAAAUAUCAAGAUUUUAAAAAUGAAGACAAAGAUUUGGAGAAGAAACCAAGUCCUUCUGAAGUGCCUGGUACAUGGAUCCAGGAUGGCAGCCUAGGGUUGACACUGAGGAAAAACAAGAGUUCUUAUACCUUUAACCGUUGUAUAGUAGACAGAAAUUCAACAGAGAAAAGUGUGCCUUUUCCUGUGAUUGCUGCAGACUCUGCAAGAGGAAUUGAAAGCCAGACAAUGCCAUCCUGGAUUACCAUAGCAAAGCAAAAGCAGAGGGUCAUAGGACAAGAACUUAGCAAAGAAGAGAAGCUGGUGGCUCUGGAUAAGGCUGUUGCAGAAAAACAAAUACAAGAAAAGGAGAGAAUGGAGGAAGCAGUGAGGCAACAGACAGAUUUCACCCGGAACACAUGUUUGCCUUUCCCACCCACAGUUUCUUCUGAAGAACAGAAAAAAGAGGCUAAGUCAGAUGUGCAGGAAUCUUUGCCAAAAGCCAGCUUACUGUCACAUCAUAACCUUGUUCAGUCUUCAGUGCUGAUUGAAAAAGAAGAUAUAAAGUCACUUAAGAAGAUCAGUCAUUCUUCCCCAGAUCAACCCUCAUGGAUGGAACUUGCCAAAAAGAAAUCUCAAGCUUGGAGCGACAUGCCUCAGAGGAUAAAAUAGAGCAAGUAUUUUAUGUGGAUAGUAGUUGUUAUUUUAGGAGGGAAAAUAUCAGGCUAAAUUAACUGAAUGGAUAGAGAUCAUUUAAAUGUGAUGAAAUCUAUGAUUAUCAAAAAGGCUGUGAUACAAGAAUAUGGAGGAAGAGUAUUAAAAAUUGUAGGUCACAUAUUUGUACGCUUAACCUGCUGUGUACCAAUUAAGAUUAUGCUAGAAAGCCACUGCAGAGGUUUGUUUGUUUCUUGCUGGAAAAUAUUCUGUUGCAGGAAAUAUUGCUUAUUUUGUAUCUUCAUUUAUUUUUCCCCUGCAAAAUAGUUUGUUACAUAUAAACAUUUAGAAUAUUUACUAAAUAUUGGUUAACCAUUAUUUUCUUACCUUGUGACUAAUCCUCCAAUCAAAAUUCCUUUUUUAAAAGCUAUAUAGCUACAUUGGAAUAUACCAAGAAUUCCUUCCCAUACUUGUAUGCAAUACAAAUGAGAAUGAUAGGUUUAUAGAAAAUGAAAAACAGAUAGCAUUAUGGAAUAAGUAUGGAGAUAGGCUAGAACGCUAGUUUAUUCUCUGGAUUGAUUCAGUCACUAAACUCUUCCCACUCCCUAAACCUCUACACACCAUAGGAUCAGAACCAACUGUUAGGUUAAUGCACUUCUUCUACUACCCCUUGACCACACUUAAGAAGGUCAUGACUGCACUAGAAGACAUCCCCCAAUUAUUUGAACUCUAGGUUCUAUGUCAGAGAGACAGGGACAGCUUGCACUCAAAAAUCCAGUAUCUCCUAUUGCAGUUGUUGUCUUCUAGAUGUAGUGAGGGUUGGAGGACAGAGCAUGCUCUUGAUUUUGCCACAUUUAGCAGUCCAGAGGGAGUAGCAUCUGAACAGCCCCAUGGUUUAUAAUGUUAAAUCAUUCUGAUGAGUUCAUUUACAUUGGGAAUGGGGCACCUGUGGCCCUCCCAGAUAUUGCCAGACUACAACUCCCAUCAUCUAGACCAUUGUCCAUGCUAGCUGGGACUGAUGGGAGUUGGACUUCAACAACAUCUAGAGGGCUGCAGGUUACCCGCACCUGAACUAUAUCCAUGUCAAGAAUUAUUAGGCUAUGAUCUAAUCUCCAUUUUGUAGCCCUGUCCAUCUCUAAUAUAGAAAGCUCUGUUGCUGCUCUAACACUGUGGAGGAAUGUCUUCACCCAUGAUAUUGAAGGGCAAUCAUAACGCCUGCCAGAGUUCACACAUUUUAAAGUUUUUUGCACAGUUAUUUUUUAAAAAUCCCUUUCUCCAAUUUCACAUAUACAGUAUAAUAUCACCGUGGAAAAUAGACAAAAUUGGCUGGUGUUACUUAUUUCCUUAUUUGCAUAGUUGGGACUGUUGGCCCAUGAAUAAAUGCAUAGCUCCUGGAUUCAGGGUCAGCAGUGAAGAAACAAAACAGCAAUCCAUAUUAAGGAGAAAGGAAAGAGUGGGGAAUUUAGUUGCUUUCUAUGUUUAGUUUUAAAAUGAGAUACUUCGCAAGCUUUGUUUAUCUAACAUAGGAGAAAAUAUUACUUAUGUCUUUCAGUGUACACAUUGAUGAUCCAAAGUUUCCUGGAUGCAUGGCCUUAAUUCUGCCCUCUUAAUGCGUGCAUUUUCAAUCUACAUUUUAAAUUACAUUACAGGUGAUCAUUAGGAUUUUGUUAGUGUGUAAUAUAAUGUUGGAGUUUUUAUCUGCUGUGUUCCUUAAAUACCUGUUGAUGUUUGAUAAAAUACACCCAGUGGGAUAUCAUGUACAAUACCUUUUGGGGCCACAAAAUAAUUCUUCAGUUUUAUAUAUAAGCUACAGUUUUAGUGUCUUCAGUAUUCCUGAAGGUUUGAUAUCAGCUGAAGUUGUAAGGUAUCUUGCAGUGUUGCAAAAAGGCACUAGAUCAGUGGCUUUGCAUGUGCAAGGCUCAAGAGUUAAUUGGGGAGCAAGGUUACAUGUGUGUUUUCAUGUUGGUUUAUUAUCACCAUUUGCCUGAGCUGUUUUAACUCCAAGUUACGUAGGGUGUGUUUCCAAAUGUAUUUAAUGUGUCUCAAGUCCAUGAUUUUGGAGUCGAGCAUCCUACACAGGAAUGCCCACUCAAAGUGCAUGUUUUUGGUGAUUUUGUAGCAACAUUCUUAUUACAAACGACCAAAGGAACAACCAGUGAUGCAUUGGAACUUAUCAAAAAUCACUAGGACUACAUAAUUUCAAGAAUGCUGUUGUACACAUACUGCUGAACACCCUGUAGAAAGCUUCCACGUUUGUUUUUAAAUUAAAGUUAGUGAGAACAGGUCAGAAAUAAUAGUUUGAUCCUAGCUUGUUCUUGCUAGCAAUACUGUAAACAAAUCACAGUUUCACAAAUUCAGAGUUAGACAUGCUUUUGAUCUCUUCCUCCUGGCCUGUGAAAGAAAAGGGAGGGUGUUGUGUGCGGGCCUGAGGUUUGUCCAGGUUCAUUUGUCCAGGUUCAUUUGUCCAGGUGGAAACCAUUGUUUCCUGUUGUGUCUGAACUGAGCUCUAGACUCUCAACAUGUUCAAUGUAUAUUUAAAGAUGCCCUUAUUUUUUGGAAGUUGUUCAGAUACUGGCUUAUAGUUAACACUGGACUUUAUUCCAACAUGCUAGGAGAACAUUUGUGUAUCUGUGUUGAACAAAAUGGUUUAGAUUUUAUAUUUACUACCAGGAAAAACCUUGUUAAGUAAUUUUAAAUUGUAUGCCCAGUGUCCAGAGCACUACAGUGGCUUACAUAUCCUGUUCUGAUGUUAAGUAUCUACAACAAAUGCUACUACAUAUUCUAUCAUAUGUUCUAAAGAAAUAAGAGCAGAGGUCAGUCAUAGGCUACAUCUCUAAAGCAAGUAACUGCUAGUUAAAUUGCAAUAAAAUAAUUAAUGAAAGAAGUAGUAGAGGUUUUUUUCUCUUGGGCAAAAAUUAAGUACCGUGUAUUAACUCUAUAGCAUAUGGAGGAAAAUGCAAGACUGGUUUUAGCCUGAGAACGCUUCUGGUUCCAAAUAGCUCUGUAAUAUGUAAACUUAAUUGUGUGUUGUAUUAAAAGAUUGUAAUUGCUGUUUAGAUGUUGUCUUGCACCAUUUCUAGUUUUACAUUUUCAUGUAAUGUUUAUACCUUCUCCUAACUUUCAUAUCUGUAAUGUGCUGCACAUCCUGAACAUGUUUACUUGAUAGAAAAUCCUAUUAAGCUCAAUAGGACUUAAUUGUUAGUCAUCCAUGUUUAGAAAUGCAGCCCAAUUUUUUAAUAUCU